UUUGAGGAACUCCAGGCGACAUGGCAAGUGCUAGCGCAGUUCUUGCGACGAUUUAGUACCCUUUGAGAGCUACGGCCAUGGCGACCCGAGGAAAGAUCAACGCGAUCGUCGCCGUCGCGUGCGUCGCGGCGGCCUCCCUUGUCGUGGCGGCGCUCUGCCGGCGCCUGUGGAGGCGGAGGGUGGCCGGCCGGCGAUGCUGCUCGGAGCUCGAGGACAAGCCCCAGAACCGAUUCAAGCACGUUCUUGCCGACAAUUCCUACGCGCCUUUCAGGCAUUUCAAGCGAGAGGGAACGGAGGAAGAAGUCUCUUUGAAGAUGCAUCCGUUUGAAGAAGAGAUCACUUCAUUAUUGGAGAACCCUCCUGCUCUAUUAAAUUUCGUUACCGUUCAUGAAUAUUCAGAUAUGAGUGCUUCUUAUGUCUGGAUAGACACAGAACACCAAUUAGACUACCUUGCCAAGCUACUAAGUAAGGAACAAGUCUUUGCUGUUGAUACAGAACAACAUAGUCUUCGAUCAUUCAUUGGGUUUACUGCUCUAAUGCAGAUCUCUACAGAGAGAGAAGAUUUCCUGAUUGAUACAAUUGCUCUGCAUGAUGUGAUGGACAUCCUACGCCCUGUUUUUGCUGAUCCUUCAAUUUGCAAGGUCUUUCAUGGAGCUGAUAAUGAUGUUCUUUGGCUCCAGAGAGACUUCCAUAUAUAUGUUGUCAACAUGUUUGAUACUGCAAAAGCAUGUGAGAUCCUGUCAAAACCCCACAAGUCAUUAGCAUAUUUACUUGAGACAUAUUGUGGAGUGUCAACUGACAAAACACUGCAGCGUGAAGAUUGGAGAGUACGUCCAUUAUCAGUAGAAAUGAUCGAGUAUGCUCGUAGUGAUGCUCACUAUCUACUAUAUAUUGCUGACUGUUUAGCCUCUGAGCUCCAAAGCAAAUCCCCUGAUACCUCAGCUUGUCCCGAUGACAAAUUCAAUUUUUUCUUCGAGGCCAGCCAUCGUUCAAACAUGGUGUGCAUGCAACUUUAUGCGAAAGAGAUUGAAUCUACUCCUGGCGCUUCUGCUGCAGCAUCUAUAUUAUCACGUAACCUGAGUGUUCAAGGAGUUACCUCCUGGAAAAGUUGUGAAAUAAAGGAUCUGAUCUGGAAGCUGUGCGCAUGGAGGGACUUAAUGGCUCGAAUUCAUGAUGAAAGCUUAAGAUAUGUCUUAUCAGAUCAAGCUAUUGUUUCUCUUGCCAUGAGAAUUCCAAAGGAACCAACUGAAGUAUAUGAUGUCAUUCAGCAAGCUGAUUUAAAUAAUGGUUCUUCAAAUAUCUAUUCUAUCUUGCCAUCACCGUCACCUGUUGUCAGUACCCACAUAGAGGAACUUUGCUUUCUCCUUCAAGAAGUGAGCGCCAACAUAGAUGAUGUUUUUAGAAGAUUUCUGCAAAAGCACCUGGGUCCUACAGGAUGUUGUCCACUGUCAGUUUAUAACUAUGCUUUAUUAUCUGAGUUCUGUUUGAAACAAACCAAUGAAUUAUUCAUGAAGCAUGCAGGAGAAAAGUUUACCUCAAUGGUUGGCAAAAAGGCCUCACGUGAACUUUUUGUUCAAAAAUUCUCAUGCAAAUCCCCAGUGUAUCACAACUGCAGGAUCUAUGCUAGCGAUGGGAGAUUGCUUUGUUAUUGUGAUCGCAGAAAGUUGGAGUGGUACCUUAAACGAGAUUUGGCAAAGAUUGUUGAAGAUGAUCCUCCAGCAAUUAUGCUUCUUUUUGAACCAAAAGGCCGUCCAGAAGAUGAAGAUAAUGACUUUUAUAUUCAGAGUAAGAAAAAUAUAUGUGUUGGAUGUGGGGAAAAGAAUCACUACUUACGUUACAGAAUAAUACCAUCAUGCUACAGAAUGCACUUUCCAGAGCAUUUGAAAAGCCACCGUUCUCAUGAUAUUGUUCUACUUUGCGUGGACUGUCAUGAAAUAGCUCAUUCUGCUGCUGAAAAGUUUAAGAAGCAGAUAGCAGAAGAAUUCGGAAUCCCCCUUUUUGUGCGAAUGAUAGUUGACUCAGGAGAGAGCACGGUAGCAACUGUGACAUCAAAAUCUGUGGGUGGAAUUGAGGAAACAGGUGUGUCCCCAUUGCAGUUGCGAACUGCAGCAAUGGCUCUUCUACGCCAUGGAUCCAGCAUGCCGGCAAGAAGGCAUGAAGAGCUGAUGCAGGUCGUAAAAGCAUAUUUUGGGGGAAGAGAAAUAUCUCGAGAAGACCUGGAAAUGGCAUUACUUGUUGGCAUGAGUCCUCAUGAGAGAAGACGGCUUGAGAAGAAAAAAGGAUUAUCCUUGAGACAUCAUGCACAGAGCAUUAUCUGUAAAAGUAGCACAUCUAGCAAUGAUAAAACGAUUGAGAAUAAUAUUAAGAGGAACAAUAGCAUUCAUAUAUCUCAGGAAUCAUUAAAAGAUGAUGUGAAGGAUACUGAUGGUAGACAAACAAAUACAUCUGCUAGUGAUAUGCAUGCAGUUUUGUUGCUCAAUAGAGAUGAUUUUCCUAGUGGCAACAUACAGUGUCCUAACAAAACAGAAGAAUUGGAGCUAGGAAAUGUAUGUGUUUCAAGUAAUGGGAAUGGGCAUGGAGCUCUACAGAAGGAGACUUGUGAAGCUGUUAUCCCAUCCACAUCUUAUCAAGUUACCUCCUCAAAAAGUGCAAAGAAGCUAUCAUUGUUGGGGCAUGGACCUCAUGGGAAGCAAGUUGUGGAGCAUUUGCUAAACAAGUAUGGGGAGGAUGGCAUCCUCCAAUUUUGCCAAAGAUGGAGGCAAGUGUUUGUUGAUGCUAUUCAUCCUCGUUUCCUACCUUCUGGUUGGGACAUAAUGCACAGUGGACGGCGGGAUUUCGGUGAGUAUAGCGUCUAUAAUCCUGCAAGGAAAGACCUUCAAACAGCAGACAAGUAGACGCAGGAUCUUAAUUUUGUUCCACUUAAAGGCUGCUAUCCGUUUCAUUUAGAAAGUCAUUUGUUGUAACGUUAGAGGAUUCUGUUGAGAGAGUUGUCUUGGUGGGACCAGUACCCUUUGUGUUGGAAAACGGUCGGAAUAACUGUGUCCAUUGGGCAGUCAAAUUAUUAAUAAUAAUGGAAGGGAUGAGAAUGUUUAAUCA